CCGGGCCCCGCCGCUUAUCGGGUCCUGCCCCGCCUCUGCCCGGCGCGGCCAGCAGCUUCCCGCCUAGUGAAAGAUGUCAGCAAUAGGAGUAGUGUCUUCCUGUUCCUGUUUCCAUCCUGGUGUAUGGCUGCUGAAAUCAGGGGUGCAGAAGAUGAGCUCCUUUGGCUUCCAUACAGCAGCCAGGUGUGCUGCCAAGGAUUACUAUGAAGUACUGGUGUUGGGUGGGGGCGCUGGUGGAAUUGCCAUGAGUGCUCGGAUGAAGAGGAAAGUGGGAGCAGGAAAUGUGGCUGUUGUUGAGCCAAGUAAGACUCAUUACUAUCAGCCGCUGUGGACCCUGGUCGGUGGUGGUGCAAAGCAGCUGGCGGCUUCUGCACGUCCAACGGGAAGUGUGAUGCCCAAGGGUGUGGAGUGGAUCAAAUCUCGAGUUACAGCAUUGGAUCCAGAUAAGAACUGUGUCUGGCUGGAGAAUGAUAUCAAGGUAUCUUACAAGUAUCUGAUAAUUGCCCUUGGAAUUAGUCUGCAUUAUGAAAAGAUCAAAGGCUUGCCUGAGGGUUUUGAUCACCCUAAAAUAGGUUCCAAUUAUUCAAUUCACACGGUAGAGAAAACAUGGAAAGCUAUACAAGACUUUAAGGAAGGAAAUGCAAUCUUCACUUUCCCAAAUACUCCAGUGAAGUGUGCAGGGGCUCCUCAGAAGAUCAUGUAUUUAUCGGACGCAUACUGGAGGAAAACAGGAAAACGUUCCAAAGCAAAUAUCAUGUUCAACACUUCACUUGGUGCAAUUUUUGCUGUUAAGAAGUAUGCUGAUGCAUUGCUUGAAGUAAUAAAGGAGAGGAAUAUUGCUGUGAACUAUAAGCGUAAUCUUGUGGAAGUUCGAGCAGACAGGCAAGAGGCCGUGUUUGAAAACUUGGACAAACCUGGAGAGACUGAAGUUCAUCAGUAUGGAAUGCUUCAUGUCACACCUCCCAUGGGGCCACCUCCUGUACUCAUCAACAGCCCUGUCUCAGAUGCAACUGGUUGGGUGGAUGUAGAUAAGGAAACUCUACAACAUAAAAAGUAUCCUAAUGUCUUUGGCAUUGGAGACUGCACCAACCUUCCAACAUCAAAAACUGCUGCAGCUGUAGCUGCCCAGUCUGGAGUCCUUGAUAAAACUAUUUCUCUGGUAAUGAAGAACCAGUUGCCAGCUAAAAAGUAUGAUGGAUAUACUUCCUGCCCGCUUGUAACAGGCUACAACAAGGUGAUUCUAGCAGAGUUUGACUACAAUGCUCAGCCUCUGGAGACCUUUCCCAUUGACCAGAGUAAGGAGAGAGUAACCAUGUACCAUAUGAAAGCUGAUAUGAUGCCUUUGCUCUACUGGAAUGCACUACUUAAAGGAUACUGGGGAGGACCAGCUCCCUUCAGGAAGCUGAUGCAUCUGGGCUUGAAGUAACUGCACGUUCUUGGUGUUGGUCAAACCCUUCUGAAGAAAAUGGACUGGUCUCACACUGAUCAGUAUCUUCCCUCUUGGAAUACCUAA